UUGAGCGUCUGCAGGUGACGGAUGUUGCUGUGUCGCUGGACAGGAGAAGACGAUAUCACUGCAUUGCAAGCAGGGCAGGUGCCUGGCACACCUCCAUGCAACAAUCACCUGAAAAGCAAUUUAACUAAGUGAGGCAUUGGUAAUAGUGAGUAAGAUGACGCUUCGGCUCUCAGCGCUAUCACGACACCGCGCCGUGCACACACGCAUUACCGACCACGACAUGGAACAACAAGCUAAUAUCAGUGCCAUUGGUCAAGACCAGCGUCUGGAGAGUGCGACUGCCGCAAUCGCCAUACCCGACUCCAGCACAGCCCCUAUCGCGCCAUUGUCGGCUGACACUGACGACCGUACACGCAGCCAGUUGGCCGCUGCUCAUCCGGAUGAACGUCUUCGAACCGGACCGUGUCUACUUGUGGACCAGGCCAUUGCUGCGAUCUCGGGUCAGCAGGUUGGAAAAUUGCGAAAGAGAUUCCUCCGGUCUGGUGGCGAUGUGAUUAUCGUACUCGAUCGGCAUGAUUUGUCGAUAUCAUGUUGUAUCAGGUCUGAGGACUUGCGCAAGGGCUCUGCUGCUACUUACCUACUGGAGCCAGACCCAUCUCGAGUUGAUGGCAUCAUCAGAUAUUUCUGUGUUCUGGAGUCGAUCAAAGGAGAGAAGGUACCACGAUUAGCCGGCCGUCCACUUUCUCACGAGAGUCAUGAGGAUGAGCGAGUGUACUCGCAUUGCGAAGGCAGUCAGGUUGACUGGGUCAGAGCUUACGAGACCUUCCUACGCAUGCUCUCACGCGUGGAGCCCAAACAUCAUCUUGUCAAUUCGUCGUCUGCUCGAGUUGCCUUGCCUCAACUAGAAGCUCUCGGCCGCAUCGCUGCUGCAGAGAAGGCCAAUAUGCCAAGUUCUUCAGUCACGACUGCAGUGAAAUUGCUCUUUGCAGAGUAUCCGGACAUCUGGCCCGCCAUCGCAGAGGAUCCAGCACGAUGGUUGAUGAUUGCGGAGAACUUCCGCGUUACAUCAGUCUUCAAAGAGGCAAUCCUUCACUUGGUGGGCCAGUACCCUCGUCUCUCCAUUUGUUCGGCGACCUUCACGCCCUCAGAGUCGAACAUGGCCGUUAUCGACAGGCUAGCUACUCAGAAAUACUAUCAUAAUCUCGCCAUCGACCACGAGAUACUCCUCCUGACAUCGAAUGAUGUGAACACGGACUCUUUGGAAUAUGCACUCUUAGCUCAUUACCUCGACUGGGUGAAAGAGCAUCUCCGCAUUCACGGCCACGGCAAUAGCGAUGCGGAACAUCCUUCCAGAUAUUGCGAUCACAAGGGUGAUGAGCAAUGCCUGCAGCCCGCUCACUUCUAUCGAAUGUUGCACAAAGGAGGAGACCACUACUUGCAUGAGAAGUCCGUAUUCGAAGCUUUGGGAGAACGCACGGGCGAAAAGCUCAGUUCCGAAGAGCGAGAUACUGUGCGCGAGUUUCUCAAAGCUUUGAAGGCAAAGGUCUCUUCGUUGGUGGAGCCCAUGGUGAAGUCGUAUCUCCAAUACGAUGGUAGGCACGAGUUGCCGUAUCUCACCAAUGUGUAUCUGAGCGACAAGGACAUUCCGUGGAUUACUGAGGAAGCUGGAAGUGGCGAUGGGAGCGAUAGUGAUGAUGAGAUGGAGGACUAGCAAGGCGACUCUACUUCAGCGAUGACUUGUUCUGUUUGCAGAGGCAGCAAAGCGUGGAAAUAUAGCCGCGUCUGCAGGUCUCCAACCUCGAAUUGAAUGAAUUGACUCGAUUCUUCAUCGAUACCUUAAUCGAUCUACUUUGGAGUGCUUGUGAAUCGAAGUUGUUCUUAUCAGAGCAACGUGUGUGGUAUCUCCGGCAGGGAGGGAGCAAUCGCAGAGGCGAUAUCAAGGGCCAAUCAGAUCGCGGUUGCCCAAAAGACCAGGCUUCCAUAGAUAACACGACAACAUCACUUCUUCUUUUCUCCAUUCCCAGUCCAUUGACCUCCUUGUCGUCUUCUCAUUCUUCUCUC